CUGAAGCCCUCGGGAAGAUGGUCACUAGUGUCGCAAUAUGAGGCUGAGGCUAGUGACACUUCCUCUUUCGAUGAGCCGAAUGUGUUAAGAUAGAUCCGGGCCGAGAAGUGACACCCAUCUUGUGAAAACUGACCCUUGAGAGAGACGUCAGGAUGUCGGCCCAGGAGGAGGCGGAGCCAAACGGCAGCGGCAGCCAACCAGACAGCCGCCUGAAGAGCAAGAAGCCUCCGAGCUUGACCAUCGCGAUCCCUCCGUCCCAGGAAGAGUGUGAAGCAGAGUCCAGCAAACAGCCCCUGCGGCCAUCGCUGAAGAAGAGCGUGAGCAUGCAGCAGUCGAGCGAGGCCCUGUCCGAGCCCUCGGCCGAGAGGAGGAGAGCCCAGUUCCGCCGACAGACCUCGCUCUCGCAGAGCAUCCGCCGGGGCACGGCGCAGUGGUUCGGCGUGGGCAGCGACUUCGAGACCAAGCAGCAGGUGUGGCAGCGCAAGAGCCUGCGCCACUGCAGCCAGCGCUACGGCAAGCUCAAGCCGCAGUACUGCGACGUGCCCGACGGCAGCAGCAUGGAGAAGCUGGAGUCGCCCGCCGCCUUCAAGAUGCCAAAUAUCGUGGACCCUCUGGCCCGCGGCCGGGCCUUUCGUAACCCGAGCGAGACGGACCGGCCGCCGCGGACGCCCUUCACCCCCCGCAUCACCUCGCUCAGCUCCUUCUCCAGCCAGCGCUCUGGCUACAGCCGCCUGCCGCGCCGCAAGAGGGAGUCCGUCGCCCGCAUGAGCAUCCGCGCCGCCUCCAACCUCAUCAAGGGUCGUCCGGGGCUGCAGGGCUCAGUCCGUGGUUUCCCGCGCCGAAGCUUCGCCCGGCCCAGCUGGAUGGAGGAGGACACGGUGGACACGGCCGACACCUCCGACUCCGUCUUCUUCAGCAAGAUUGACGCACGAGAGGAGAUGUACUCCAUGGCUGACGACGUGUUCGAGUCACCCCCUAUGUCCGCCGUGUACGGCCAAGGGGAUAUGCCCUUCAGCGAAGGGACUCCUUUCCACAGCCUUCGGGACAUCAGUAAGACGCCCCUGCCUUGUGACCGGCCCCAGCAGCGGCGUGGGCGGCGCAUCGCCUCGCAGGUCAAGCACUUCGCCUUCGACAAGCACAAGCGUCUGUACGGCAUGGGCGUGGUGGGCAAGUGGCUGAACCGGCACUACCGCCGCAGCCUCAGCAGCAACGUGCAGAAGCAGCUGGAGGACUUCCACAGCCACCGGCCGUACUUCACCUACUGGAUCACGUUCGUCCACAUCGUCAUCACCCUCCUGGCCAUCGGCACGUACGGCUUCGCCCCCGUCGGAUUCGCCCAGCACUCCACCUCCGACCUGGUGCUGAAGAAUAAAGGCAUCUAUGAGAGUGUGAAGUAUGUCCAGCAGGAGAACUUCUGGCUCGGGCCUGCCUCUGAUGAUCUCAUCCACCUUGGGGCCAAGUUCUCCCCCUGCAUCAGACAGGACCAGCAGAUAGUGCAGCUCAUCCGGAAAGCCAAAGACCUGGAGAAGCAGACGGGCUGCUGCGUCCAGAACGACAACUCUGGCUGUGUGCAAACCCUUAAUACAGACUGCUCAGAAACACUAGGCACUUUCAUCCAAUGGACAAAUGAAAACGUGGACAUCGUUAGGACGUCCGGCGCUGUGUGUCACCAGGACCCAAGGAUCUGUGAAGAGCCCGGCUCCAUAGCACCGCACGUUUGGCCUGAUGACAUCACGGAGUGGCCGAUCUGUACCAAGCGUGGCAGGUUGAACCAAACAGGCCUUCGGCACAUGGACUGCAAGCUUAAAGGUCGGCCCUGCUGCAUAGGCACCAAGGGCAGGUGUGAGAUUGCAACACGAGAGUAUUGUGGAUUCAUGCGCGGAUACUUUCACGAAGAGGCCACGCUGUGCUCACAGGUAAAUUGUUUAGAUGAUGUGUGUGGGCUGCUGCCCUUCCUGAAUCCAGAUGUGCCGGACCAGUUCUACAGGCUGUGGCUCUCGCUCUUCCUUCAUGCCGGACUGCUGCACUGCCUGGUGUCGGUGGUGUUCCAGAUGACCAUCCUGCGGGACUUGGAGAAGCUGGCGGGCUGGCUGCGCAUCUCCAUCAUCUACAUCCUCAGCGGCAUCACCGGCAACCUGGCCAGCGCCCUCUUCCUCCCCUACAGAGCCGAGGUGGGUCCGGCCGGCUCCCAGUUCGGCCUACUGGCAUGUCUGUUUGUGGAGCUCAUCCAGUGCUGGCAGAUCCUGGCCACGCCCUGGAAGGCUUUCCUCAAGCUCGUGGGCAUCGUCCUCUUCCUCUUCUUCUGCGGCCUUCUGCCCUGGAUCGACAACAUCGCGCACAUCUUCGGCUUCCUCAGCGGCCUGCUCCUCUCCUUCUCCUUCCUGCCGUACAUCACGUUCAACACGUUCGAUAAGUACCGCAAGCGGGCCCUCAUCCUGCUCUCCCUGCUGGUCUACGUGGGGCUGUUCUCCUCGCUCAUCGUCUGGUUCUACAUCUACCCCAUCAACUGGCACUGGCUGGAGCACCUCACCUGCCUGCCCUUCACCAGCAAGUUCUGCGAGCGCUACGACAUCGACCACGUGGUGCACUAGGGGAGGUGCAACAACGUCGGAUAGCUAACGCUAUAAACGCCGUAUGUCCUAAGUGCAUGCGAAUGUGAGUUGGUGACAAAAUUCUGUUUGAGUACUCGAUUGUCGGUGAAAGUGUCCAAACUGGACGCGUGUGAAUACAACUUCAUGCAGUGUGAAGCAGUGCUGUGUGGCGCGAUGCAGUGCCGCGUUUUGAGCAGAACGUUUGUCGGGAACGCCCUGUUUAUUUUCUGUCUGUCGCGCGUGUUCUACAAAACGUGACUCAAUAGAAUGGCAUAUCUCUUGGAUUCAGUGUGGACAGUGAGCACUCAAUGCUAUUUGACAGUCGGGACGCUUGCAUGCAGUUAGGACAAACUAACUUGUGGGGUGGCGUAUGGUGGGCGCGCAAAAGCACUACUAGAGAGAAAGUUACUCUACCCCACUCACAGGGUUGCUAAAGGAGCAAAGGGACUUCACAGGUCUGUGCGGACCAUGUGCGCUGUGUGCUAUUACAAGCAGACACGAAACUGCGGACAUCUACUCUGAGACCCUUAAGAAUGGGCAUUUUACCUCACAACAUUUGUUACAUUUCCUGCAUAUUUGUUGUUUUGCAACACUAAAGAAAAUGUCAACGUUUCCAUCAAGGAGCUCAUCAGGGCACACGGUUUAGGACCUAAUUAGAACAUAAGCCAUCCUAGACUUAGAACUUUUUCUAUCAAGUGUUUGUGAGACAUUCUGUUAGGCUUGAGGGUUUUGCCAGUGGGAAGUCAUCAGGGGAGAUGGCCCUUAGGCCUUACACUACAGUACAGUGUAGUCUGAAUUUCACAUUUUUAAGCCAAGAAAACCUGAGAAAAAAAUCUGCCUUUUUUUACAGAAGAAACAGUGCAUAUCUUUUUACCAUUUUGUCAGUUCCUGUAAAUGUUGUUGUUAUUUAAUGCCUUGAUAGAUGGUACAUUCUUUUUAAGUCAGCCAACUAACAUCAGUGUGCUUUGAGUCCAUCAAUUAGACUGACUGAACAUGUUGGUAUUCAUAAUACUGUGCAGCUUGAUAAUCAAUGUCAUCACCUUUCUGGCAUCAUUUCAGUUGACAGAACUGAAAAUUGCAUGUUAUUCAGUAAGUUCCAAAGUGGAAUGUAGCCUAAGUAUUCAUAUUGAUUUUAUGGAUUGUCACACAUGCCCAGUGCAUUUCCAUCACAUUUGCCUUGAAUGGAAAGCUUUUGAGUAAUGUAGGGAUGUGAUUGUGCCAAGCUGAGAACGCCUGUCCAAUAUCAUGUAUAGCAUGUACUGUGCCUUGUGGGUGGGCCGCUGGCUCCUCUUCUCCACAGUUCUCAGACCACAACUCUAGUGCUGGACGUGCUGGACUAGCAGUCCCUUGCUGUUUACCGGAAAAAACAGCCGUCACCACUGCCAGCCUUGUUCCCCUUGCACUUGGAUUAGAGCUAUUGGCCUUGGUGAGUGUCUGGCUUUAUCCGCUGUGAAAAGAUGACUGUGAAAUGGAUUACACCCUAAUUGGGGCUUAUAUGCAGCUAUGCGUAAUCAUGUACCCCCUUCUGUGUGACACAUCUGGAAGUAGGAUUCAUGGGGAUGGUAAUAUAGAGAUGGUUAAGAGGUACCACUGGUUAUCUCUCUGACCAUGUCUAUUCAUGGAUAUGGAUGUUGCAGUGUUUUGAUUUUAAUACCCUACUGCCUGUUUCUCUGACACAGAAGUGUGUUGUGGAGACCUAUAGCCCCUUUAGGUUUUUUCAGUAGGAUCUUGUUGACAUUGGAAUGCAGUGUGCCUUUAAAAAAAACAAAAAAAAAACAAGUUUUACUGCCUUUUAUGAUUGCAUUAAUUUGUAUUAACAAACUGUACAGGUGGGAUUGGACCAAAUAGAUAGUCACUUAUUUAAAAAAAGGGAAAUUGUAAAAUUAUAUAUACUGAUAUUUUGAUGGAUUUAUGUUAUUCCUUUAUGUGUGGAUUAUAUCAAAUGUUUUUUUCUUCUUU